ACACACAAUUCUGCCCCUCCUUCCCGGGUUUUGGGAAUUUCAUAGGUUUCAACCGUACCAAACACGCGUGCCUCUUCUUCUUCUUCUUCUCAUUUUGCUAAAUUGAUAGAAAAAAUGCGAACCAGAAAUCAGGCAAAGCGACAAAAUCAAUCAACUGCAGAUGAAGACUCUUCGAAAUACUAUGAUGAGAUGGAGAGCCAAAGCGGCUGCAAAAACGAAGCCAGUGGCAAUGAAACUCUUGCAAACAUAUCUCAAGGUGCAGUGGGGAAACUUUUGCAACGAGUCAACAAGUCACGUGGCUCUCGGGGUCUGAAAACAGAUGAUAGUUACCUACGCAAAGAGGAUACCAUGGGCGAGGUUUGUUUGUUUCUUUCUCUAUCACUUCAGUUAGGCAAUGUACUGAGUGAAACAUUUCCUUCAGGAAGAGAGAACGGAUCAAGGGAGGCAGAAAAGCAGCUUACUGGUACUACAGUUGUAAGGACUACAUUAGAUGCUAAAUGCUGCACUACUGAUGUGUUACAAAAUGUGCCAUCGGAAGUGGAAAAUGGAAGUACAUAUGUUCACUGUCAGAGUAUUGAGAGGGAAGAUGAACUUGAUGGUAUUGAUUGGGAAGAUGGGUCAGUUCAUACUUUGAAGUCUGAAAGCAAUGUUAAGGAAGAUACAAUCAUUGGUGUGACUGUUGAGUUUGAUGCUCCGCCUGAUCCUAGUAAACAGAAGACAGUACGCCGAGCAACUGCUGAAGAAAAGGAAUUGGCUGAGCUUGUGCAUAAGGUUAACUUGCUUUGUUUACUAGCAAGGGGCAGAUUGGUAGAUAGCGCUUGCAACGAUCCUCUUAUUCAGGCUUCUUUACUUUCACUGCUGCCCGCACAUCUGCUGAAAUUGACAGAUGUUCCAAAACUUACUGCAAAGGUGCUAUCUCCUCUUGUCGAUUGGUUCCACAGUCAUUUCCGUGUUAGAGGUGCAAAUGAUACGGAGAAGCCAUUUCAUUCAGCUUUGGUAUCAACUCUUGAGUCCCAGGAAGGGACCCCAGAAGAGGUUGCUGCAUUAUCUGUGGCACUGUUUAGGGCUUUGAAUCUUACCACCAGGUUCGUAUCAAUCUUGGAUGUGGCUUCCUUGAAGCCUGAAAUUGAGAAACCAUAUCCCUCUGGUCAAGGCCCUAGUAGGGCUGGUAGCGGGAUAUUUAACUCUUCAACAUUGAUGGUGGCUGGACCAAAGCGUUCUCCUCUCUCUUCUGCUAAAUCUAUGGCCAAUGACAAGCAUAAUGUUUCCAAUAAGACUUCAACAUCUGCUGGCCAAGCUAACAAUGACAAGUCUAGAGAAACUAUUACAGAUAAGUCUAAUAAAAGAAUGUCACCAUCAACAUUAGAUGCUCAGGGUGAUUCUAAUGAUGCAUGCAUUAUGAAUAGAGAGCGGCCAAAGAGAAAAGGGGAUCUUGAAUUUGAGAUGCAGUUGGAAAUGGCUCUUUCUACCACUGCAGUUGAAAUUGCUAGGAACACUAUGGUCUCAGAUGUGAAGGAUGUAGAAAGUACUUCAUCAAAUGUAUCACCGUUCAAAAAGAAGAAAAUUAAAGCAGAAGAGUGUUCAACUUCCUCUCAUGGAAUAUCAACUGCUCUUGGAUCUAGGAAAGUAGGGGCACCUCUAUACUGGGCAGAGGUCUACUGCAGUUGUGAGAACCUGACUGGGAAAUGGGUGCAUGUUGAUGUCGUAAAUGCAAUCACUGAUGGAGAGCAAAAUGUGGAAGCUGCAGCUGCUGCAUGCAAGUUGCCUUUAAGAUAUGUUGUUGCUUUUGCUGGAAAUGGAGCUAAAGAUGUGACACGCAGGUACUGUACAAAGUGGUACAAGAUAGCAUGUGAACGAGUCAACUCAAUUUGGUGGGAUGCAGUAUUGGCACCAUUAAAGGAGUUGGAGUCUGUUGCCACCAGUGAUGUAGUUAAUUUUGCACAAGGAGCAACCAGGAGCUAUCUUGAAGAUAUGGAGUUGGAAACUAGGCAAUUGACUGAACCGCUUCCAACAAAUCAACAGGCUUACAGAAGCCAUCAACUAUACAUAAUUGAAAGAUGGCUUAACAAAAAUCAGAUACUUUACCCCAAAGGACCUGUAUUAGGUUUUUGUUCUGGUCAUCCAGUAUACCCACGAUCCUGUGUACGAACACUCCAGAGAAAGGAAAGAUGGCUUCGCGAGGGGCUCCAAGUCAAAGCUAAUGAGAUACCGGCAAAGGUUCUGAAGCGUUCUGGAAAGCAGAACAAAGGACAGGAUGUUGAAGAUGAUGAUUAUGGAGAGGGGGAUUGUGGAGGAACUGUCGCCCUCUAUGGACAGUGGCAAACUGAACCGCUGUUUCUUCCUCCUGCAGUAAAUGGCAUUGUUCCUAAGAAUGAGCGUGGUCAAGUGGAUGUCUGGUCUGAGAAGUGCCUUCCACCCGGUACAGUCCACUUGAGAUUGCCAAGGUUGGUUCCUGUUGCUAAAAGGCUGCAAAUAGAUUUUGCACCUGCUAUGGUUGGAUUUGAAUUCCGGAAUGGUCGAUCUCUACCUGUUUAUGAGGGGAUUGUGGUGUGUACCGAGUUCAAGGAUGCAAUUCUAGAGGCAUAUGCAGAAGAAGAGGUGAGAAGAGAGGCCAAAGAGCGGAGGAGGACUGAAGCAGAAGCUCUUUCCAGGUGGUAUCAGCUUCUUGCAUCGCUCAUUACCCGACAGAGGCUGCAUAACUGCUACGUAGAUGGGGCAUCCUCACAAUCAGCAGUCAAUAUUGCAACGCCCAAUGAUAAAUCCUCCUUACCAGCUGGUGGCAGUGAGAACACGAGGAGCGCCCAUCAAGAAGAAUCUGAGAUUGCCAAAUCUAAUAGUCCAUCAAUUGUACUUGCAGAAAACCAUGAGCAUGUAUUCCUAGUAGAAGAUCAGAUUGUUGAUGAAGAAAGUUCAACAAGGACGAAACGAUGUCGUUGUGGCUUUUCAGUUCAAUAUGAGGAGUUGUAGAGCUUUUAAUCUCUCAAUUUUAGUAUGAGAAGUUAGAGAACUUUUUAUUCUCUAAUUUUAUCUCAUGCAAGUUGGGUUGUAAGUUGAGGUAGAUAGAAAUACUAAUGUAUGAUUUAUGUAACAUCAGAUCAUGACUUAAACAAUCUGUGUUUUGUAUAAUAUCGGUUUGAGAUGAGCUUAAGUAACGCGAUAUGGUAAGUGAAGAUUCAUGUAACUAUAUAACUGACCUCAACUUACGUGGAAUCAAGAUGUGGUUGUUGUGUAACAGGAGAUCAUGAAACAUGUGUAUGCUUCCUACUAUUGUCCAAAAAAGGACAAUAUUUUUCCAAUUUCAA